AUGGAGCAACUCGGGAAGCGGUCGGGGCCGGCGGCUCGGCUAGAUGCUAUCCUCCGGCACCUCUCCCCGCGGCUGGGAGCAGCCCCUGCUCCUACAAGCGUUCCUACUUCAGCCCAAGUUAGUGCUGUUCCUCAACCAGGGAGUUUUCACUAUACCCUGGACAACGAUGUCCUCACCACAGAGCAAAGGCAGUUCUAUGAAGACAAUGGGUAUCUGCUCAUUAAGAAGCUCGUUUCUGACGAAGACAUUGAGCGCUUCAGGAAGGAGUUUGUGAGGAUCUGUAAAAAAGAGGUGAAUCCACUGGGAGCUAUGAUUAUGAAAGACGAGUCCCUGAAAUCCCAGUAUGGUCAGUCUGAAGAAGUAGUUAAUAAAGUGCAGGACUUCCAGGAAGACAAAGAGUUGUUCAGAUACUGUACUCUGCCAGAGGUCCUCAAAUAUGUUGAGUGCUUCACAGGGCCAAACAUUAUGGCAAUGCACACCAUGUUGAUAAAUAAACUUCCAGAUUCUGAUAAACAGACUUUUCUCCACCCCAUGCAUCAGGACUUGCACUAUUUCCCCUUCCGGCCUGCGGCCCGCAUCGUGUGCGCCUGGACCGCCAUGGAAAAGGCCAACCAGGACAACGGCUGCCUGGUCGUGCAGCCAGGGACGCACAAGGAGCCCCUGAAGCCUCAUGGCUAUCCCAAGUGGGAGGGUAAAGCCAACAAACUUUUCCAUGGGCUGCUUGAUGAGGAUGAGAAGACUCCCAGGGUUCACCUUGUCAUGGAGAAGGGAGACACGGUGUUCUUCCAUCCCCUGCUCAUUCACGGCUCUGGGAUAAACAAAACAUCAGGUUUCCGAAAGAGUAUAAGCUGUCACUUCGCCAGCUCAGAGUGCUACUACAUUGACGUCAAGAACACGAUCCAAGAGGACCUGGAGAAAGAACUGGUAGAAAUGGUUCACAAGAAAUACAACGCGACUUCCGUGGAACUCAGGGAUAUUUGGAACUUCCGAGCGCGGCUUGUGCAAGGGGAAAGAAUUAACCUGUAG